AUGAGAUUACUUCUCACACGUGUCUUCUCCAUGCUGAUCUUUUUAGAGGGAUAUGAGAGACUAGCUCAAGCGAGAGGAAAUGGGACUGCUAAUACAGAAUCUUGUGAUAUGUUUGGCGAUGAUGAAGAUGUUCCCGAUCCUUCCUCUGGUUUACCUUCUGGCUUCAUCUCGGGCACUCAGCUUAAUCCUGGUAGCACAGUUGCUGAAACCGGAGCUUUGCAACAUGAUGGAUCUGAUUAUGUGUUUGACGAGUCUUCAGGGUACUACUACAGCAGCAGCUCGGGUUACUAUUACGACGCAAACACUGGACUAUACUGCUACGCAACAACCGGCAAAUGGUACAAGUACGACGAAGAGACGAAGGAAUACGAAGAAGUGGUGUCUGAAGUUGCUUCGGGAGAAGCUUAG